AUGACGACCCCACUUCAAAGACCUAAACAGCGACACUGGAGGCUGAACGAGGCAACGCUGGUGGACAAUGAAAUGACCCUACAAAUCAGAAACACUUUGAACCAUUACUUCAGUGACAAUGAAACAACAGAAGUUGCGCAACCUAUGAUUUGGGAAGCCCACAAAAGCAGCAUCAGGGGCACAUUUAUUUCAUUAUGCACACACCAUAAACGUGAAAAAGUGAGGGACUUACUUAACAGGAUAGAAGACCUAACUGGCCAACACAAGCAGGACCAGACCACAAAAGAAUACAAGGACCUACUGGAAGCACAACGCAAACUCCGCACUCAUCUCACUCAGACAAACUACCUACUUUUACAAAAAUCCUAA